AUAAAAAGUUCACCAGCAGAUAAUGACUUCCCGUUCCCAGCACGCUGCACGUGUCCCGGAGGGGUCCCGCACCCCCACUGCGGGCCUGGGUCAGGGCCCAGGGCCUCCGGAAAGGCGGGGUCAGGGCUCCAGGGCCGCUCACCUGCCUCACCACCGGGCUGGGGACGCGGGCUGCGCGCGCCGGGGCACCUCCCGCGCUCCGAGCCCUUCGCCGCCUGGGCGCCCCCGCAUCUGCCGCCCGCGCUCCGGGCCGCUCGCCGCUCCUGGGCGCCCCCGCAUCUGCCUCUCCCCGCACCUGAGAGCCCCUCGCAUCUGCCGCCCGCGCUCCGAGCCCUUCGCCGCUCCUGGGCGCCCCCGCAUCUGCCUCUCCCCGCACCUGAGAGCCCCUCGCAUCUGCCGCCCGCGCUCCGAGCCCUUCGCCGCUCCUGGGCGCCCCCGCAUCUGCCUCUCCCCGCACCUGAGAGCCCCUCGCAUCUGCCGCCCGCGCUCCGAGCCCUUCGCCGCUCCUGGGCGCCCCCCGCCCGCGCCGACCGCCCCGCUCACCAGGCGCCGCCGCUGUCCGCGAAGCCCCGCCGGGUCUGGGCUGCUUCCUCUCAGUUUCGUUUUCCCCGCGGACUCCGCCUCCCGGCCGCCCGCUCCCGCACAGGUCAUCUGCGGCUCCGGGACCGCGGGAAACGCGCCUGGGACGCGAGCCCGCGCGGAAGGCCCCGCGGGGCGGCCGGCGCUCAGCCGCCACUUUUGCGCCUGGGCGUGUCCCGGCCCCGGCGGCCCCACCCCGGCCCCUGGGCGAGUCCGGGACCCCGUGCAGGUGCUUCCUGCCAGCCGCUGUGCCCAGCACCAGCCAGUUCGGCAGUUCGGAGAGCCACCCGCUCCCCGCGGGACCUCAUGGAGUGUAUCACCAAAGCCCUUACCGGUUAUCCUCACUUUAUAAGAACUCCUACUCACCUAACGGACUAUGACACACUCCCAGAGUGAUCCUAAGGCCUGGCCAUUGGGAACCAAUUGUAACUGUCCAUGGACACGUGGAUUGAAGAAUGCUGAGGACUUACCCCACAACAAUAGGGUAAGGUAGGUGCCAUUACUACCACCAUUUAACAGACGAGAAAACUGGGGUUUGAGACAGAAGUUACGUCACCACAGCUGGUAGGCAAGGGAGCUAGAAGUAGAAUCAGGAGUCUCCCAUCAACAUCUCAGCCAGGGGAAAGGAGAGAGGUGGUCCCAAGAUGGACCUCAAGUGCACGUUAACAAUUGGGCCUUGGCUCCAGGAGACCUUUUCCACUUCUCUUCUACAUCCCACCUUAUGACAGCUAUCAAUGGCUAUGAAUUACAUUUUCCCGGUAGCUCUGGGCACAGGGUUCAAACGUACCGUGUUCCCUUGUGAGUGUUCAUCACAGGCGCCCACUCCUGAGGAGGCUUUUGAGAAGCAGGUGGGCAAGAGGACUUCUGUAGAAGUCAGCCCGCUCCCCCCAAGUGCUCAUUCAGAAUGAAUGAAGAGGAUGUGCAGCAGGAAUGGAUGAUUCUGCCAGCACCAUCAUUGUUGG